AUGAGUGAAGGCGAGAAGGUCCGCGCCUCUGGCGAGACUCCCCGGGAGCAGUCUUUGCCUACUGUGAACCCCGCUGCGGAGAAGGGAGAGCAGCCCAGUUCUGCAUUCCACCCCGCGGUUUAUGUGACUGCCUGGAUCUCUUUGAGUUCCACCGUUAUUUUGUUUAACAAGUACCUCCUCGACUACGCCAACUUCCGCUUCCCUAUCAUUCUUACAACAUGGCACUUGACCUUCGCUACCAUUAUGACCCAAAUCCUCGCUCGCACUACCAACCUCCUCGAUGGCCGCAAGAAGGUCAAGAUGACCGGCCGUGUUUACCUCCGCGCAAUCGUCCCUAUCGGUGUCAUGUUCAGUUUGAGCUUGAUUUGCGGGAACAUGACCUACCUUUACCUCAGUGUUGCUUUCAUCCAAAUGCUCAAGGCCACCACACCGGUGGCCGUCCUGCUCGCUACCUGGGGUAUGGGUAUGGCUCCGGCCAAUAUGAAGGUUUUGGCCAACGUCUCUAUCAUUGUGGUUGGUGUGGUCAUCGCCUCCUUUGGUGAAAUCAAAUUCAACAUGGUCGGUUUCUUGUUCCAGCUUGGUGGUAUUGUCUUCGAGGCCACCCGUCUGGUCAUGGUUCAGGGCCUGCUCAGCUCCGCCGACUUCAAGAUGGACCCUAUGGUUUCCUUGUACUACUUCGCUCCCAUCUGUGCUGUCAUGAAUGGUGCUGUUGCUUUGUUCCUGGAAUUCCCCCGUGUCACCAUGGACCACGUGUACUCCGUUGGUGUCGGGAUUCUCGUUCUCAACGCGGUUGUGGCCUUCCUUCUCAACGUCUCCGUCGUUUUCUUGAUUGGGAAAACUUCCUCCUUGGUCAUGACCCUCUGCGGUGUCCUCAAGGAUAUUCUGCUGGUUGCUGCCUCUAUGUUUUUGUGGCAGACUCCUGUCACCGGCCUUCAGUUCUUCGGUUACUCCAUCGCCUUAAUAGGUCUUGUCUGGUACAAGCUCGGCGGUGACAAGAUGCGCGAGUACACCUCUUCCGCUGGGCGUGCCUGGGCCGAGUAUGGUAACACUCGCCCUGCUCAGCGCAAGUUUGUUGUCUUUGGUGCCGCAGCUCUCAUGUUCUUCCUCUUUGUUGGAUCUAUGGCUCCCAGCUAUGCCAAUGACUCCGUUGACCGUGUCAAAGGCUACCUCGGUGGUGCCACCGCUGGUAAUGCUUAA